GGGAGUAUAUAAUUGAAAAACAAAUUGUUGCAGAGGAAUUCAAAGAUCUCUCUCAUACAGUCCUUCCCUACUACUGUUUUCAUUUCACUUCUUUUUCGCUUUUUCUCCAUUUCUGCUCAAAUUUCCUUUUUGACCGCCAUUUAAUCGUGCCCAUUUUCAUAAUCAUUGCUCUUCAUACCUUUGUCGGAUCCAACCCAGAAAAACAAUACUCUAUCAUCCCCCAUUAUUGCUCACCAAGACAACCAUUUGGGUAACUGGGUAGUGGGUUUUCUCUCCUCUUUUUUUUGCUCUUAAGGAUUUGAUUUUCGAAAAACAGUAUCUUAUGGAUUGAAUUUGCGCAAUUUGAGCAUCUGGGUUUCUUCUAUUUUUUCCUCUCCAUUGCCCAUUUUCUUUUUCUCCUUCAGAUUUGCAUCAUUGAGGUAACUGGGUUCCUUCUCUUUUCCGAGGGACAGUACCUUAUGGAUUGAAUUUGCACCAUUGGGGUAUCUGGGUUUCUUCUCUUUUUAACUUUCCAUUGCCUACUUUCUUUUUCUCCUUUCGAUUUGCACCAUUGGGUUUACUGGGUUUCUUCUCUUUUUUCUCAUAUUGGAUUGAAUUUUUUGACGAACAGUACUUUAUAAAUUGAAUUUGAAGCAUUUGGGUAUCUGGGUUUCUUCUCUUAUUUACCGUCGUGCACAUUUUCUUUUUCUUGUUCGGAUUUGCACCAUUUGGGUAUCUGGGUUUGUGCUCUUUCUUACGCUUAAGGAUUGAAUUUUCGAGAAACAAUACCCGUUAUGACCCGGACAAGUAAUGUGGGUAUGUUGUGAGGUUGUGACAGUAGACUUGAAAUGGGGUGUGUUUUUGGGAGAGAGGUUUCUGCUGCGGCUUCAGAGUCAAGCCAACAGAGGAGAGAAAAAAUAGAGGAUGUAAAUGGGGAGUUUAAGAAGAACAAAGAAGAACAAGAUGAAGAAAAACAAGGGAAUGAUAAUGGGGACAAGGGUAUUCGAAAGAGAUCAAGUAGGUAUAAUCCAAGGCUAAGUAACCCACCUAAGAAUGUUCAUGGUGAGCAGGUGGCUGCUGGUUGGCCUUCUUGGUUGUCGGCUGUUGCUGGUGAAGCUAUCAAUGGAUGGACCCCUCGUCGAGCUGAUUCCUUUGAAAAGCUUGAUAAGAUAGGGCAAGGGACUUAUAGCAAUGUGUAUAAAGCUAGAGACUCGUUGACGGGGAAGAUUGUUGCACUUAAGAAGGUGAGAUUUGACAAUUUGGAGCCAGAGAGUGUAAGAUUUAUGGCACGAGAAAUUGUGAUUUUACGCCGGCUUGAUCACCCAAAUGUAGUCAAACUCCAAGGAUUAGUGACCUCCAGAAUGUCUUGUAGCUUGUACCUGGUGUUUGAUUACAUGGAGCAUGAUUUGGCUGGACUUGCUGCUAGCCCUGCAAUCAAGUUUACCGAAUCUCAGGUUAAGUGCUUUAUGCACCAAUUAUUAUCUGGUCUUGAGCAUUGUCAUAAUCGCCUUGUGUUGCAUCGAGAUAUUAAAGGUUCAAACUUGCUUAUAGACAGUGGAGGUGUUCUCAAGAUUGCUGAUUUUGGCUUAGCUUCAUUUUUUGACCCAAACAACAAGCAGCCUAUGACAAGCAGGGUAGUGACACUGUGGUAUCGACCUCCAGAGUUACUUCUCGGGGCAACUGAUUAUGGUGUUGGGGUGGACCUCUGGAGUGCAGGCUGCAUUCUGGCAGAGCUAUUGGCAGGGAAACCAAUAAUGCCUGGUCGUACGGAGGUUGAGCAACUGCAUAAAAUUUUCAAAUUAUGCGGUUCUCCUUCUGAAGAAUAUUGGAAGAAGUCAAAAUUGCCACAUGCAACCAUCUUUAAGCCUCAGCAUUCGUACAAACGCUGCAUAGAGGAGACAUUCAAAGAUUUCCCACCUUCUUCUUUUCCAUUAAUUGAGACACUUCUUGCAAUUGACCCAGCUGAGCGCCAGAAUGCAACAGCAGCAUUACAGAGUGAAUUCUUCAGAACAAAGCCAUAUGCCUGUGAACCUUCCAGCCUGCCGAAGUAUCCUCCCAGCAAGGAGAUGGAUGUCAAACGGCGCGAUGAAGAGGCCAGAAGGUUAAGAGCUGCAGCCAAGUCCAACGCUGAUGGCACCAGGAAAACUCGUGCACGUGACAGAGCUACUAAGGCAAUCCCUGCUCCAGAGGCCAAUGCCGAGUUUCAACCCAAUAUUGAUAGAAGGCGUUUCAUAACACAUGCAAAUGCCAAAAGCAAGAGCGAAAAAUUUCCUCCUCCGCAUCAAGAUGGAACUAUCGGGUACACUAUAGGUUCCUCACAGUAUCUCGAUCCCUCAUAUGAUCCUCCUGAAGUCCCUUUCAGUACCAUGAAUUUCUCAUACCCAAAAUCGUCUUUCCAAACUUGGUCCGGCCCAUUAAAUGACCCUGCUGCUGUUAGUGCUCCAAGGAAGACGAAGCACAUCGAGGGAAGGCCUUCGAAGAAGGAUUCUAGCAGAAGAUAGGAUUUCCGUAAUAUGAAUGUUUUUCUCCCACCGGAGUAUACAUAUUCCAUUCUACAUUUCUUGCUCAAGUUAGUAUCAUUCGAAAAUUCGAGGCGAAUUAAAAUUGCUUUCAGAAUUUAUUUUUUAAAAUCCUAUGGAAAUCUUUUUUCCUGGGAUGAGGUAGGUCAAUCUUCAACUUUUUUUUUUUUUUUUUUUUUUGAUUUUUAAUUUUGGUUUUUUAAAAGAAAAAGAGGAGCUUAUGUUAGUGUUGUACAUGUUUGAUCUAGUUUACUGUAUCGUUGGAUAAAGAAUACAAUUAAUAUACUACUGAUAGAUAACGAAUGUCCUAUUCUUAUA